AGGCCUGAUAUGAUUUUAAAAACAAUCCCAUAAUUAGCCAUAAAUUUGUUUCGCAACAGUAUAACAUUUUGGUUUUACUUGUAUCAUUGUAAUUCGAAUGCUCUUGCAGUAAACUUUUACUUGCAGCAAGCUGUUUAGCGUUGUCAGACUUGUCAGAUGUUUGUUCUAACAACAAGGUUGACAAUACCACCCAAAAUAUGGUAACAAUAAUAUAAUAUUGAUACGAAACAAGUUCUCCUAAAUUUGUCGUCACCAUGAUGUUAGCAGAAAUACGUGCUAACAUCUUGUUGACAUCUAAUUUGUACCUUAAGUUUUUACGCGUAUACUGUGUACAGGAAUUAAGGUUAUUAGAUAACCAGGUAGCAGCGUGGCAGCCCGCCAGCCCCCUCAAAUACUUCUGAAAAUAUGACUACAGCUCAUAGAUUGUAACGUCCAGAACAUUCUUGUAAAAUUUAGACAUGCCUCAUUUGACGAGAGAAGAUAACUUUGUCCUCGUCAACACUGAUCAAUGGAUAGUUAGUACCUUAGCACGGAACGGUACGAUUUUGAAAGCGGUAUACGUGGAAACGGAUGGAAGUUUAAACCGGUUCCACGUGUUCACGCAGAAAACCGGAAGAAUUCAAGCAAGGUUCGAGGAAGUAUGCUCUUUAGGAUCGUGCGGUUCUGUUUUCCGCCUGUUCACGCGGAACUGUUCAAAUUUUGAACCUUUUUUCUAGUGUUUACAUGCGAAUCACCACGCUUCUGUACAUUCUAUUUCCGAGAAGUGUUCUCAUUUAUGCAUUUUAGAAUUUUUAGCGGUGAGUGGCCUCUCCACAAGAUGAACCUGGUUGCCGCAAUAUAAUAGACGUUGGUUAUCCAAAACUGUCAUUCCUUGAAAUGUAAAUGUCAAUGUAAAUGUAAAUGUAUAUGUGUUAUUUAAUAUUUGUCAUUGCAUUGAUCACUGCAUUGUCGUUCUAAAGUAUAAGACUUUGGAGGGUAGUGAAGUUUAAGUUCUAAAAUUGAGAAUUAAUCAGAGCACAGAAGAUUAGCAUUUUCCCCUUAUUCUGCACGUCUAUUUAAGGCCUGUUUUUCACUUCAACCUUAUCGUUGCGAAAUUUAACGUAAUUUAAAGUAAUAUGUUAUAGCCAAAUGAGCAGAGAACAAUAAUAUACGCUAUGCUUCGCCACGCACCGUCUGUCACACGUACACAUACCACUGCCGGCACUGCGAUCUACUGAGUAAAACAGUCUGGUUGACAUUAGCACUGAUCAAGAAUAAAGUUUGAACAAGUAAAACGCGACGUAAAUGUAGAUGGGUCAGCGCUAGUCUCUUCAGAAGUAUGCACUCCUAUAUUACUUUUCGACAAAAUCCACGUUCAAAAUCUCCCGACAAGAUAGCUUAAAAAAAUAAACCAAUCAGUGAGCUCGUUAUAAGCCCAUGUGAUCAAAUCAACCAAUGAUAUUGCUCGAAUGAUCGUACUGCACGACGGGACAGAAUAGUGCUUCGUGGCUAGAAGCGCGUGAUUUUAAACAAAAUGGCUCGUCGAUGAGGGAGUUGUUGUGUGCAAACAAUAGCAUUUUCCCCUGGGUCUUGUUCUUGCUUUUGUUCACAUUCUUCGCAUAAAGACUUUUCAAAUGCUUCCUUGAAGAAUGUAUCCUGGGAUUAAAGCAGAGUUUUUGUGAUGUUGCAACAAGAAGCUGCUAGCCUAACAACUUUGAUCAAAACCGAGCCAUCAAAUGGAGCGAUGGAUGCAACAACAACAAUGCCCUCGGAAUUUGUGGCCAUAACAACCGCAACAACCAAUAUGACAUGCCCUGAACCAAUGGAGCAAGAUGCACCAGAGAGUGUCACUUCACCACAGACAUGCCAGGCCCAAAGCGUACAGCAAUCUGUGGCAUCACCGAUGCACGCAACUCGAACAGUCUCUGUUGCACCAUUACAAACACCAGGCCUACCCCAAGGAAACACCCAACCUGGUAUCAUGCAAGCACCAAGAAGCACUCGUCCUACGUUGGUGCAGACACGCCCCAUUGCUCGGCCCAUUGCACCUCAAACAAACAAGGUCAUUCCUGCUCCCACAGGGACUCCACCAAGUAACAAGCCAAUGUAUUUCACCACGACGUCAUCUCCGAACAAACUGAUAGCCAUUCAGGGUGGUAAUGUUCAAAGGUUUGUCCAAGGUCUUGGUAACUUAUCGCGAAUACAGAUUGUCCCCCAACCUAGAAUAAACUCGCAGACCGCACUGAGGCCGAUUGCCCCACGGCUGGCUACGAGCACAAACACAACAAUGAGACCUCAGGUGGCUCAAAUACAACUCAAACCAGCUGCGCCGAGGGCUGGUAAACAGGUUCUAUCAAACACCAGCCAAGCAGCAACAGGCGUGGUUCAGCAACGUGUUCUGCUUCAGGCUCACCCAGGUCCGACCCAGCUGCGAGCGAUUGCCCCUAAUCUUGGUAACCUGCCACAUGGUGCUACCAUACAGUUUCCACCUGGUACCAUGUUUCGAGAUGGUGUUGUUUAUGUACCACAGCAAGUUCAAACUGGAGCUUCCACAAGUGGAGUACAAUUAUCGACUGUGCAAAUUGCACCAACGGCUACAAGCACUUCCCAAACUGUCAAUGGCGUUCAAGAUCCUCCGUCGCCUUCGAGACAAAGAAAGCCUUGCAAUUGCACAAAAUCCCAAUGUUUAAAACUCUACUGCGAUUGUUUUGCGAAUGGUGAAUUCUGCAGCAACUGCAACUGUAACAAUUGUUCCAAUAAUAUCGAACACGAACAAGAGAGAAGUAAAGCAAUAAAGGCUUGCUUGGAGCGCAAUCCUCACGCUUUUCAUCCGAAAAUUGGCAAAGGAAAGGGUGAAACGGAGCGAAGACACAAUAAAGGUUGUCACUGCAAGCGGUCUGGUUGUCUGAAAAAUUACUGUGAAUGUUAUGAGGCAAAAAUCUUAUGCACCAGCAUCUGUAAAUGCACUGGAUGUAAAAACUUUGAAGAAAGUCCGGAGAGGAAAACCUUGAUGCACUUAGCUGAUGCCGCAGAAGUUCGAGUGCAGCAGCAGAACGCAGCGAAAACAAAGUUAGAGUCACAAAUGGAGGACAUGCCUAGCAGAGCACCAAUACUUGCACACGCUGGUGAAAAGCUUCCCUUCUCUUUUGUUACCCGCGAUGUUGUCGAGGCCACAUGCCGAUGUCUUCUAGUUCAAGCUUCAGCGGCUGAAAAGAAAAACAUAUCACGGACAGAUAUUCAAAAGCUAGUCCUGGAGGAGUUUGGAAAUUGUUUACUGAAGAUCAUACAUACAGCUAACAACCGAAGUGGAAGCUGACUUUAAUCCAUGAUGUACAUCCCUGAAUUUGAUUUUGUAAAUAUCUUCCAUAAUCGAAUGUGUUCCAGUGUAGUUUGACGAUGUGCGGAGCUAGUACUGGGGCAUAUCCACACGAUCGAUUAUCACCAAGGUGAUUUACUACGUACUGACCUGGACCAGUUAACAAGAGCGUCAGAAGUACACCAGGGGCCAAAAAAUAGAUAAAAUUAUCCACUGGAUAGUGAUUAUUUAAAACGUUAAAUAAUUCUACUCUGGCACGGUUUUAAAGUUAAAAUGGUUUUUAAUACUGUUAAAUUUGAUAUAUGUAACUUCGUAGCUUUUUUAAGCAUUUUUAUGGCGGUUAAAUCACUAUCCAGUAGAUAAUUUUAUCCAAACAAACACCGCCUUUGCUUGCUCGCAAAAUCGACAGUUUGCCUUGUUGCAAAAGCUAGUAAUAGCAGCUUUUCAACAAAGUGAUUUGCUCGGUUUAUAUCUUUCCUUGAAAGCAUUGCUAUAAUAUAUGCUUAUUAUAUAGUUUUAAUAUUUCUCACUCCACAGCAUCAUCACGAUGCUUUUUUGUAGACGAGCCGAACAAUUUUUCACUGCGUGAAUAUCAAUUUUGAUUUGAAUUGAAAAUGUUUGAUUUGAACGUUUUUAUGCCGCUAAUGGCGCGAGAUCAAGAGAUGACCGUCUCCAUUAUAGUGAGAGUUAAUGAUAAUCGAGAAAGGGUGAUUUUGUCGGGGCAAACGAUAUCAGUGCAUGGUCUGAUCUUCGAAACGUGUGAAACUAGACGAAAUCGAAUGAAUUUUAGUUAAAAUAUUUAGUCACAUGCGAUUUUUGUUCGCGUGCAUUAAUAUAAAACAAUUGUAUAUGAUACAGUCUGAUAAUAUAGAUUUAAUAAAAUCUAACUUUUACACAUCCCAA